AUGCCGUCUCUAGCGUUCGGUCUCAGUUCUGCCAAAACCUCCUCAAGUGUUUCGAAACCUCCGCAGAAACGCAAAGCCUUCUUCGACGAAGAUGCAGCCGAGGACGUCGCGCCUGCGCCUGAAUAUGGAGCGAAGAAAAGCUCGAAAUCUCUGCGACCCAUAAAAGACUUGGACGACGACGGCGAUGAUGGAGAGCCGCCAAGGAAGUCGCCAAAGCUCUCGCAGUUCGGUCUGCAGCCUGCGAAGCCAAAAUUCUCCGGAACUGCUCCCGGGAUAGACAAAUAUGUCAAUCUGUCGGCUCUGCGCAGUGCCAAAUUGCAUGACGAAGAAGCCUCAAAGAUAGAUGCGUCUGUCUACGACUACGACGCCGCCUACGAUACGUUCCAUGCGGAGAAAGAGAAGAAGUCGACUGAAGCGGGUGGGUCUUCGGGACCGAAAUACAUGGGCUCACUCCUGCAGAGCGCUGAGGUGCGGAAACGAGAUCAACUUCGAGCGCGAGAGAAGCUCCUACAACGUGAAAGAGAAGCAGAAGGAGACGAAUACGCUGACAAGGAGAAAUUCGUGACCGGGGCGUACAAGAAGCAGCAGGAGGAAAUCAGGCGGAUGGAGGAAGAGGAGAAAAGGCGUGAAGAAGCCGAAGAAGAGCGGCGAAGGAAAGGCGGUGGCAUGACUGCUUUCCACAAGCGCAUGCUGGAGAAGGACGAAGAGAGGAUGCGGAUGAUUAAAGAGGCCGAAGAGGAGGUCGCAAAGAGAAAGGAAGGUGGUGUGGAAGAGGAGACGCCCGUUGUGGAAGAGGAAUCCGAAGCGAAGAUGGCUGAGAAAAUGAAUAAGCAAGGAGCACGGAUCAUUGUGAACGAUGAAGGCGAGGUGGUUGACAAACGACAGCUGCUAUCCGCGGGCCUGAAUGUGGCACCCAAGAAGCCCGGAAAAGAGCAGGCCGCCCCUGCGAGACUGGAAUCUGCUCGCAAAGAUGAAUACUGGAAAUCGUCCAAGGCGGUUGAUGCGCGCCACGCUCAGCGCGAGAGACAAUCGCGAAUGAUGGAGAGACAGAUUGAGGAGAUGAUGGAGAAACAGAAGCAGGCUGAAGCGGAAGAGGAGAAACAACAGCAGGAGAAGAUUAAGAGCAAGGUCAGCGAAGCCGAUAAGAUGAGUGCCAAAGAGAGGUUUCUGCAGCGGAAAAGGGAGAGGGAAGAGGAAGCGAGGAAGAAGAAAGAGGCUGGCGGUUGA